ACUGAGAAAGGGAACUCAGAUUGCAACUCAUUCUUCAGCCCCUUCAAUGAUUCAAUCGACCUGCUUCGCUGGUUGGGCCAUGGCUCAAUUGUGCAAUUGAUUUUCCCGGAAAGUUACUUUCCCGGAAAAAUCAACCGAAACACACUAAGCCCUAGCAAACCGAAGAGAAAAUGGGAAGCCUAGAGCUCCGGCCGCUCGGCAACACCGGUCUCAAGGUCAGCUCCGUCGGCUUCGGCGCCUCCCCGCUGGGCAACGUCUUCGGCGCCGUCUGCGACGAGGAGGCCAUCGCCUCCGUGCGCGAGGCCUUUCGCCUGGGCAUCAAUUUCUUCGACACCUCCCCGUAUUAUGGCGGAACGUUGUCCGAGAAAGUACUGGGAAAGUGUCUGAAAGCCGUGGGGGUUCCGAGAAACGAGUUCAUUGUGUCCACCAAGUGUGGGAGGUACAUUGAAGGGUUCGAUUUCAGUGCAGAGAGGGUGACUAAAAGCAUUGAUGAGAGCCUGGCAAGGUUGCAGCUCGACUAUGUUGACAUACUGCAAUGCCAUGAUAUUGAAUUUGGUUCUCUUGAUCAGAUUGUGAAUGAGACACUUCCAGCUCUUCAGAAAUUAAAGGACUCAGGAAAGGUCCGAUUCAUUGGUAUUACAGGACUUCCACUGGGCAUUUUUACUUAUGUACUCGACCGGGUGCCACCAGGCACUGUUGAUGUGAUUCUGUCAUAUUGCCAUUAUGGUAUUAAUGAUUCAACACUUGAGGAUCUGUUGCCUUACUUAAAGAGCAAGGGUGUGGGAGUGAUCAGUGCAUCUCCUCUUGCUAUGGGACUUCUCACAGAGAGCGGCCCUCCCGAGUGGCACCCAGCUUCACCUGAGCUGAAGGCUGCAUGCAAAGCUGCUGCUACUUAUUGUAAAGAAAAGGGAAAAAAUAUAUCGAAGUUGGCUAUGCAGUACAGCUUGUCUAACAAAGAUAUUUCUUCUAUACUGGUCGGCAUGAACUCUGUUAGACAGGUCGAAGAGAACGUGGCUGCUGCAAAAGAACUCGCUGCUGUUGGGAAAGACGAUAAAACUCUGUUAGAGAUCGAAGAGCUUCUGAAACCCGUUAAGAAUCAGACAUGGCCCAGUGGCAUACAGCAAGGUUGAGGCUGCUUCCAGAAGUGUAUGCCUAUUCAAGCAUUUGUUUCCCUUUUCAUGCUUGCGAUUUGCCACUCUCUCAAAAUUCGUCCAAACUUAAGUUGAAUGUUACUUUGAUUCCUUUUGAGACCAUGUGUGAUUAAUUAUAGCUCAAACAUCGCGUCAUUGGAACCAAAUAAGGAAAUGGAGGAAGUGUGCCAAAAACUAAUGGAUUGCACAGCCUUGUGAUUUCUAUGGUAAAUUUCGUGUUGGUAUUCAA